AUGUUCUAUUCCGAGACUCUCCUAUCGAAGACCGGGCCAUUGGCUCGCGUUUGGUUGUCGGCUAAUAUCGAACGCAAGCUUUCAAAGUCGCACAUUCUGCAAUCGGAUAUCGAGAGCAGUGUCAAUGCCAUUGUUGACCAAGGCCAAGCCCCCAUGGCUUUACGAUUGAGUGGUCAAUUGCUGCUAGGUGUGGUUCGCAUCUACAGCCGUAAGGCUCGUUACCUCCUUGAUGACUGUAAUGAAGCUUUGAUGAAAAUCAAAAUGGCUUUCCGUCUCACAAACAACAAUGACUUGACCUCUACUGUUGUCGCACCGGGAGGAAUUACCCUUCCGGAUGUGCUUACUGAAUCUGAUCUCUUCACCAACCUUGAUACCUCUCUACUUUUCCCUCAAACUCUCGACCUAGAGCCCGCUGCAAAACGUCCUGGUGGCCUGGAUUUUGGCAGUCAGCUUCUUCCUGACAGCAGCUUCCGUCGCUCCGUUUCUCAGGAACCUGCACGCCUCGAAGACCCCUCUCUUGUUGACCUUGACUUCAGCGACGAUGAACUGCCCCGUGGACUUGGAAAUGACUCCGCUAUGGAAAUGGGUCGAGACGCUCCUGCGCCCCGUCCCGUGGAGGAAGAUCUUUUCAGUGAUGCUGGAAAAUUGAACGACGACGACGAUCUAGGCUUGGACUUUGGAGAUGACGCCCCGCUCGACGAGAUGGACCUUGCUGAAGAUGGUCACAAUAACCUGAAUGAUCUGCUUCCUGAUGCUCCCAUGGACCUGGGUAACGAUGACGAUUUUGGUGGUGGCGAGACCCCCCGCGCUGCCGACAACCGAUUCGAACGUGACUCCGAAAGCCCACUGUCUGAUGCUGGCUCCGAUCAGAUGAACCAGCUCGAAGAAGAAUUCAACCGAGAUGUAUCUGCAACCCCGGAUGCCGUUAGUGCCCAGCAGGGCCAGCGCACCAAACGUCAAAAGCUCAUGGGACUCGACAAAGAAGUCGCAAUUUCCAGCUCCAAGAUCAAGGACCAGCAGAAUGAUCGCUCCUCGAUUUUGAAACCCGCCUCGUUCUUGCCCCGUGAUCCCGUCCUGCUCACUCUCAUGACCAGACAGCAGAAUGGCGACUUUGUGUCUAGUGUGUUCGGCGAGGACCGUGGACGCGGAUGGGCACCCGAGCUGCGCGGCAUGCUUUCUUUCGACUCUGUUAAGAAGGCCGGUGAGCUGAAGCGCAAGCGCGACAGUGGAAUUUCUGACAUGGAUGUGGCUGCUGCCGAUCUUCCUGCCCUGGAACUUGGCGAUGAAGAAGCCAUCGUUCCGCUUGACGAGGGUAUUGCUCUUGAUACGACUAUGAACCAGCGCUCUGAUAUCGAGUUCCCCGCCGAUGAUGGCGAGCAUGUUUUGCAGCUGAGUGACGAUGAUGGCAUGCAACAGCCCAUGGAUGAGCUCGAUGACACCAUUGUUCACCAUGUGGAUACCGAGCCUGUCUCUAUGGGUACCAAGCACGCCGUGCACAUCCUCCGCGAGAAGCUAGGUGACUCAGCCACCCAGCAGAAGAAGAGUGUUUUGUUCCAGGAUCUUCUUCCCGAGCAGCGGUCCAGCAAGGCCGAUGCCACCAAGAUGUUCUUUGAAGUUUUGGUGCUGGCCACGAAAGAUGCCGUCCAGGUUGACCAGGGCGCUAAGUCUAUUGGUGGUCCUCUUACGAUUCGUGGCAAGCAAGGACUCUGGGGCUCUUGGGCCGAGGAGAACGCUGCUGGUGCCAUGGGCCAGCUCAGUCAGGCUCUGUAG